AUGAAAUGCGCGCACAGUAGUUGCCCAAGCAACCGAAUACGAAAGGACGGGGAAUACCAGCCGUUCUGCUCAUGUCACACGGCAUGCACGAGCUCUCAAUGCACAAGAGACAAGAAACGAAGCUCCGAGUUUUGCAGCCUGCACACCUGCCACAUCGGCGACUGCAGCAAACGCUGUAUUGGCGACCACUUCUACUGCAGUGAUCAUAUCUGUGAACUCGACAUGUGCCGUAACCCGCGAACAUUCUAUUUAGAAAGGGACAACGUCGUGCUUACCCGCUACUGUCCCAUCCAUAACUGCGAAAUCUCAAGCUGCAACAACCUCAAAAUGAUCGACCCAGACAGCUACCCACCCCUCACCAUGUGCGGACAGCAGUACGACGAAUCCCUCGACCCCCCUCCCCUUCCCGGCUCCCCCCGCACCGCUCCCCCACCCGACGCCAUAACCUUCAAAACCCUCUCCUCCCAACUCGCCAAGCUGCAACGCACAGCCGAUAACAUAGAGGCGAACUCCUAUUUCAACAACGGCGGCGCUGGAGUCGGGGGCGGUGGGGGUGGGGCAGGAGUUGCCCAAGCGAGGGCGGCGGAGGAGGCGGCGGAGACGAGGAGGAGGUUGGAGGAGGUGUUGAGGCAGCAGGGGUGGGGCAGGGGGUGCCCAAGCGAGGGCGGCGGAGGAGGCGGGGGAGGCGAGGAGGAGGUUGGAGGAGGUUGGAGGAGGUUGGAGGAGGUUGGAGGAUGUUGGAGGAGGUUGGAGGAGGUUGGAGGAGGUUGGAGGAGGUUGGAGGAGGUUGGAGGAGGUGUUGAGGCAGCAGGGGGGGUUGAUGCAUAG